AUGUUUAUCUCACUCCUGAGCUGGCUGAUCUUGUCUGUUUCAGUGACAGCAGCACCCUUUUCAAGGGCCACAGAAGGGAAUUCCCGGCACAAGCUGCUCCUUAUAUCCUUUGAUGGCUUCCGAUGGAAUUAUGAUCAGGAUGUUGACACACCGCACAUUGAUGCUUUCUGCAAAGAUGGAGUUAGAGCAAAGUACCUAACUCCCCCUUUUCUGACUAUAACAAGUCCAUGCCAUUUCACAAUACUGACUGGAAAGUACAUAGAAAACCAUGGUGUGAUCCACAAUAUGUGGUUUAACACGGAAACAGGAGCAAAGCUUCCCUACUAUCCAACUCAGGGAGUUUCAGAGUGGUGGGAUAAUGGGAGUCUUCCCAUAUGGAUCACUGCUCAGAGACAGGGUUUAAAAACAGGCUCCAUCUACUUUCCUGGGGGAAAUGCCACUUACAGGGGUGAGACUGUCAAUGUGAAGAAAGUUGAGCCUGUGACUUUCAAAUAUGAUAAUGAGACAGAAUGGAGGGGCAAUGUUGACAUUGUAAUGAAGUGGUUUACAGAAAGCAACCUUGAUUUUGUUGCUCUUUACUAUGGUGAACCUGACAGCACUGGUCACAAGUACGGUCCAGAAUCAAGUGAAAGGAAAAAAAUGGUGGAGCAGGUAGAUCGCACUGUUGGCUACCUGAUGGAGAGAAUAGAAAUGCAUGGGCUGAAGUCCAAACUUAAUGUCAUCAUCACAGCUGACCAUGGAAUGAGGACUGUUCAAAAAGGCCCUGCUGUGAAUGAAAUUAUUCUUGGAAAGGUCGAUGACUUUUCUUUCCAGGAUGUGAAAUUUAAUAUUCUUGAUUAUGGUCCAACUGGAUUUCUGCUACCAAAGGAAGGCAAAUUGGAGAAAGUUUAUCAGGCACUAAAAAAUGCUCAUCCAAAACUUCGUGUUUACAAAAAAGAGGACAUUCCACAGAGAUUCCACUAUGCCAAUAACCCAAGAAUCCUUCCCAUUAUCCUAAAUGGUGAUCCUGGGUAUGUUGUCCAUGGACGGAUACAAGUUCAGUUUAACAAGGGAGAACAUGGAUUUGAUAAUGAAGAUAUGGACAUGAAAACCAUAUUCCUAGCAAGUGGGCCUAGUUUUAAGAAAAAUGUAAUGGUAGAGUCCUUUGAAAGUGUCCAUAUUUAUGAACUGAUGUGUAAACUCUUGAAUAUUACACCUGAACUUAAUGAUGGCUCAUUGUACGCCACCAAGGAUAUGCUGAAUGCUGUCUCUCAGGACAUUGGCUCUGUGAGCCAACCUCCUCCUGAUAUAAUAAGUCGAAGUGGGGGAUUUUGUGGAUCUUUAUGCACUUUUGAAAGACCAUAA